AGCAAUUAAGAGAGAGAGAGAGAGAGAGCCAGGCUUUGUUCUGCCACACACACUUCGUGCUGGGUUGAGUGAAAGGAGGUUGUUUUUGAUGCCUUUGAUUUCUCUCGUCCUGCAGUUUUCGCUAUUCCCUGCCUCAUGGCCACCUUCGCCCGCAGCGCACCUCUUCUGCCGGAGUGGAGCGCACUUGUUGAGAGUCAGCAGUUCCAGGAUUUUCGGCUGACGAGCGACAGCUUGACGCAAAAGAUCCUGUUCUCCAUUCCAGACACGCACAAAUCCUGCAUUCAAAGCGAGACACUAAAACUCAACUCCUCAGAAAAUGCACAGUAUGCGACCAUGGUAACCACCAUUGGCAUCCGUCCUGCUCCUGUACUCAGUGUUGUGUCAGAAAACUACAGUUUGGAGACCAGUUUGAGGCACAUGUCUGAGGGUUUUCAGCUGCACCGGGACUUACUGAGCGCCGUCUCUCCUCGGCUGGCGAACAAAGACAACGUGACUGGACUAGUGGCGGACAUCAGGGACCUUGUUCUUUGGAUCAACAAGAUGCUGAAAAUGGUCCAAACAGACGCUGUGGUGCAGCCGUCACCAACCCCCGUGGCCUUAAAUCUACCAGGGAACUAUGAGGUUCAGGUGGCAGCACAUAUGAUUCUGGUGCAGCUCCAGGCCUUUGGGCAGGACACGGCCCGCUGCCUCAGGAGUCUAAACCGGAGCAACGUCGAGGAGACCCAGAGCUGAGCAAUAGCUCCCAUACUCAUGUCCAAAACACCUUAUUUUGCCAUUUUGUUUAUCAUGGUAUUUAUUUAUUUAUCUGUCAAAUGAUUAUUUAUUUUUAUCUAUUUAUAUUUAUCUAUUUAUUUAUGGUAUAUUUAUUUAGGGAAUUUAUUUUUGAUAACAAAGCUGUUUGUCCCUCAGUCCUCUUUGUUCCUCUCUUUAUCACGUAGCAAUAACUGGAAAUUAAAUCAUCCUCCAUUCUCAGACAAAAAUAUACAUUAUAUACAUUUCAAUAGUUCAAAAACUAUACUUACUACUAACUACUACUCAUACCAAG